AUGAUCGACUCCCUGGUCCGGUUCCCCAGAGAGGCGGAUAUCGAGACCAUCAGUCUGCUGGCGAUGGCGAUGGGAGCGCCUGCCUGCACCUCUGUCUCCCUGAAUCUCGACAACCCUGGCCGGUUCCACAACAGUCUAAGCACAAUGGUCGGUCAAAAAUCACACCCGUUCAUGUACCGCGUUCGGUCACCGAUUCUGCAGCCGAGCGAUGAGGUUGAUGCCAGUACACGACCGGCAACGCAGAAUGGCCGGCGGAUGCUGGUACCGAAGAGCUCAGCACGGACGCUGGUGCUUGUGGACAGCAAUAAGCAAAGAGUCCAGCAAAUGCGCCGUCUGGCAGAACCGGCAGUUACACCGCCGUCGCCGACCAUUCCGAAUGAAGCCUUCUUCCAGGUACCGGAAAUGGCAAUCCAGCCUAUGUCAGCACCGCUACCAGCUAUUAGCAAAAUGAUUACGACACCACUGGCCGACACAUGGAACGAGCACGAGUCAAGCCGACAGAAUCUACUGGACAGUAUCGGCGAUGCGACCCCCGCUUACCAAAUCUCGCCUGGCGCUCACAAGAUAGUGCAUAGUGCUGGACAUAGCACAGUGCCCCCCGCAAAUGACACCGACUACAAGCGGGCGACGUUGAAGCUGCAGCGAUUGUCGCUCAUGUACAGCCCAGGUCCACUGUAUCCAGUGAUUGGAAUCCUUCCCGGAGCACUGUCGCCGGUGGCCGACAACUACGAAUUUGCGUUUAUCGAGCGGCUGGAGCGGCGGUGGUCUGAUAUCCGGACCGAAGCAUACUAUUUCAGCCAUGGCGCCUGGUCCGACUUUUCGCAAAUCUUUCCCGACCGUAUUGUUUCUCUUUGGCAAGCGUUCCUGGACAAGCUGCCGCCUGAGGAGCAUGUCUAUCUGAACAUCCCGCUGGUCUCCCAAAACCCGUUCCUGGCUGAGAACAGCGACGAAAAAUACACCCCGGUGCUGACACGGCCUAUUCCACUCGUCCAGGUUCUGCAGACCCUAGCCUCCGACGACGACCAUAUCGAGCCAGGACAGGAGCCAGGCUCGCCGCUCAGCUCCGGGCCCAAUGUUAACAUGGAGUUUGUUGACUGGAUUGCGAUGCGCUUCAACAUGCUGAAGAUGGAGUCGCAGGAGGCCGGGACUCAAGCAAAUGCAGCUGUGUGCACAGAUAGGGAACUGGACUUGACCAACAGCAUUGCCGAUAUUGCAAAGUUUUCUGAGCCGGCCACAAUCAAGGAGCUGGGACUCCCACCAUCACCAGAGGCUUCGGGAACUUACUCAGAGGCGGACUCGCCGCGUGAAGAUAAGCACAAGGAAGCCGAGCAGUCGAUGCCUGCUAUCCCGAUGCCCAGGAGCCCUGAAGAAGAAGAGGUGCCUAGGCAGUCAGAGGACUGGCCUGCGAGUGAAGACGAAGGAGUACAGUCCAAGAGCAGCUUCAGUAUCAGCCAGAGCAGCAUCUCAUUGAGCCGCCCGACUUCAGCACACACAUCCAGCGGCCGGCCUUCAUACGAGGCCACCUUCAGCUCUGCCAACAGCUACGAGUCGGACACUGGUCUGCCUGACCUGAAUCUGCCUGAUCUGAAUCUGCCGCCACUCGAGUCAAACGUGCCGAGCCUGCUGCGUACAUCCUAUCGCAGGUCAAAGCGUCGCACCAUGAGCAUUGGGUUUGGCAAGCCCGAUACCCUAGAACAACUAGCAUCCACGCCCUCGAUUCCGCCGCGCACCGCCUAA